UGGUGGAAAAAUUGUCGAAGGGAAUCAACGAGUUUAUGAAGUAAUGAGAGACUAUAUUAAAGAUAACGAUGAUAUGACUGGUUCGCCUUUUGAUAAAAAAUCAACUGAUACACCAAUCUAUCACCUCGUAGAUUUCAUCAAAACCAUAAAGAAAUGCCGUAUCAUUGAUAUUUCUACCAUUGACCAAUCGUCAACAGACAUACAAAUCCACUGCCCCAGUUCGAAGGCCAUAGAAGAGUUUCUUAAGUCUAUCAUCAGUAACGAAUUUCAACAAAAACUGUUCGACCUUAGACGAUGGCUACAAGUGCAAUAUAACAUUGAAUCGUAUGACAUAAUUGCCAAUUGCUCGUCAAAUGGCAUAGAGAAAGUAAAACAACGUCUGUAUUUUACUGACGUAACCAGAACUAUGACUUGUGCCGAGCAUCAAAAUACACAAUGUACUCUCUAUUGUCCUGACCAUGACACGUUUUUUUGUACAGCAUGCAGGGAAUCAAGACAUGGCACAUGUCAUGGAAUAAAACAGGUUACAUCUGAAAGGUCUUAUGAUGAACAGAAACGUCGUCUUGUCAUCAAAAAUCUAAAAGGAAGUCAUAACGUUCGUGUAGAUAAUACUUUGAUAAAAAGAGACAAUAAUGAUAAAUUUAUGUGUGUUAUCACUGGUAUGUGCAUGCUUCCUAAUAGUGAAGUUCUCCUUGCUGAUUCCGAGAAUAAAAGACUGAAGAAAAUGAACAGUUCAUACAAGGUAAUAAAUCACUGUGAUGUAUCUGAAAAACCCUAUUCUGUAUGUUAUAUAGGCAACGAUACAGCUGUUGCUGGUUUAAGAGGCAAUUCCAUACAGUACGUGAAUGUGUCAGGUAAUAUAAACCUAAGACAAUUAAUGAAGCUAGAUCAUGCAUGUUUCGGUCUAGCUUGUCACGGUGACACACUCUAUGUUAGGAGUAGAGACACAAUUUACAGAUAUGACAAAUACUGUAAACAAAAGCAAGUUAUCUAUCAUGACCGUGAAAAUCUGCGUGCGUUCAUUUUAAACCCUAUUGCUAUAAGUGACAAUGGUGAGCGAUUCUACUUAAGUAAAAUAACAGGUAUAACUACAAUAGAUGCCAAAGGAAAUCAUAUAUUGAGUUUACAAUUUGUCGGUUAUAGCUUACGUGAUAUAUGUAUUGUUGGUGAAGGUAUUGUUCUUGUAUUAGAUAUAAAGAACAACGACGUUCGUCAGCUGGAUUAUAAUGGUAAAAAGCAUCGGACUGCAGAUAAAAUGCCAUUAAAUAUUUUAGAUCCGCACUCUAUGUGUUUUGACAGAGAAAGAUGUAGACUUAUUGUUAGUGGAUUUCAAGACGAGAUAUAUGUUUACAAAUGCGAGUUUUUGCCAAGUUAGUUACUAAAAUUGUUUUGGUAAACCAACAGCCAAAUGAAAAAUGCAUUGCUAAACUACUUUUGUUUAUCAAAUUAAUAAGUUUGUAAGUUGGCUUAUUUCUUCCUCGAGUCAUUGCUUAAUAUUAUGACGUCGCACUCAUUUAUCUUGAAUGUAUUUGUAAUUACAUGUAUAUAUUACAAACUUUUUCAUAAUAAGGGUUGAAUAGUUACAAGUUUGAAUCAUUAUCGAGAUAAUUAAACAACAUGUGAAUCUUGUUAAAGGUUUUGAUAUCGCACUUAUGUACCUUGAAUGUAUUUGUAAGGACUUGUAAUAUAUAUAUUAGAUAAC